UCCGGUGUAGCAGAAGCAGCAGCAGCGCCGCAGCUGAGGGAGGGUGACAGGCUGUGUGCCUAAGCGGAGGCAGAGGGAUGGCCUGUGCCCUGCUGGAGUUCUGCCGCUUCCAGGACAUUAAGCUGGUCCGGGACUUCCUGUUCCCACAGCUGAGGGAGGAGAAGAAGAGCGCAGAUAAUUUAUCUAGCUGGGAAAAUGAAGACUGGGGAUCAUGGGAGGAAAAUGAGAGCCGAGAAGUGCCGGCUGAAGAGGAAACCUCCAGUAAAGCGGCAUCCGUCUACUGGCUGCAGGACUGCGUGUUGUCCUUAUCACCCACCAACGAUCUGAUGGUGAUCGCCCACGAGCAGAAAGCCGUAUUUUUAGCACCUAAAUGGAAAGCCGAUGUGAAAGGCCGUGAGGAGAUGCAGUAUGAAGUGGUGUGGAGCGGCCCUCUAAAUGUCGAGGAGAAUGAAUUUAUCAGCAGCACCCUGUGCAUCCCGCUGGCGAGCCAGAAAAGGAGUUCUACUGGGCGGCCGGACUGGACGUGUAUCGUCAUAGGCUUCACGUCUGGAUACGUGCGCUUUUACACGGAGAGUGGGGUGUUGCUUCUUGCCCAACUUUUAAAUGAAGACCCUAUUCUUCAGCUUAAGUGCAGGACGUAUGAAAUUCCUAGACACCCUGGAGUCACCGAACAGCAUGAAGAGAUGAGCAUCUUGUACCCAUCCGCUCUUGUGACAAUCGAUGGCUUCAGCCUUUUUCAGUCACUCAGGGCUUGUCGUAAUCAAGUGGCACGAGCUGCAGCUUCUGGAAAUGAAAACGUCCAGCCCCCUCCUCUGGCUUACAAGAAGUGGGGACUGCAGGAUAUCGACACCAUUGUGGAUCAUGUCAGUGUUGGUGUCAUGGCGCUCUCCCCAUUUGAUCAGAUGAAGACUGCCUCCGUUUUGGGAGGCUUUAACGCCGCCAUAAAGAGCAGCCCUCCCACCAUGUCUCAGUGUAUUACUGUGGGCUCAAACCCAUUCACUGGCUUCUUUUUUGCCCUGGAGGGCAGUACGCAGCCAUUAAUAUCCCACGUGGCCCUGGCCGUUGCCAGUAAACUGACUUCUGCCCUCUUCAGUGCUGCCAGUGGUUGGCUGGGCUGGAAAAGCAGACAUGAGGAAGAACCACAGCAAAAGCAGAAACCUAAGGUUGAGCCUGCCACCCCCCUGGCUGUCCGAUUUGGCCUCCCAGAUUCCCGACGUCACGGGGAGAGCAUCAGCCUGUCUCCCUGUAACACACUGGCUGCAGUGACCGAUGACUUUGGCAGAGUGAUUCUGCUGGACGUAGGGCGAGGAAUUGCAAUACGCAUGUGGAAAGGGUACAGGGAUGCCCAGCUUGGAUGGAUGCAGAUAGUGGAGGACCUGCAUGAGAGGGAAGCUGAGCGAGGACAUUUCUCUCCAUUUGGGAAUACACAGGGACCAUGUAGAGUCGCCCAGUUCCUGGUCAUUUAUGCCCCCAGACGGGGAAUUCUGGAGGUGUGGAGCACUCAGCAAGGACCUCGUGUUGGAGCCUUCAAUGUGGGGAAACACUGCAGAUUGCUAUACCCUGGAUAUAAAAUCAUGGGUUUAAAUAAUGUGACAAGCCAAGGUUGGCAGCCGCAGACGUAUCAGAUCUGUUUGAUAGACCCAGUAUCUGGGAAUGUGAGGACCGUCAAUAUCCCAUUCCAUCUGGCUCUCAGUGAUAAGAAAUGUGAGAGGGCAAAAGAUAUGCAUUUGGUAAAGAAGCUGUCCACAUUGUUAAAAGCCAAAGCCCCAAAUCACGAGUGCUUGGAAGCAGAAGCAAAGGAAAUCCUCCUAGAUAUUAAAUAUCCUGCCACUAAGAAACAGGCCUUGGAAAGCCUCCUCGCCAGUCAACGUGUCCCCCUCUCCUGCCUCACCAGCAUCAUCCAGACCUUGCUGGACUUUCUCAGGGGUCAAGACGUGGAGUAUGUGGACGAGGGUCUACUUGGGUUUUGUGAGGACAAGCUGAAACUUCUACACCUCUACGAAUCUGUGCAGAAAGUCGGCUCUGGUGCGGCGGAAACGGAAGCCUCACCUUCUACCAAAGAGCUGGCCCUGCUGCUGAGACUGGAGGGGGACGAGCUGACGCGACUGCAGACAUUAAUCCGGAACUACAAGCAGGAGCACACAAGAACGGGCGUCCGCUUUGCUGACGAUAAACAUGAUGGGCUGCCGGUUAAGGCGUUUUUAGAAAACCUGGAAUGUGAACAGGAGGCGAUUAAUGUGAAGAAGAUAAGCGAGGAGGAAUAUAUUGCAUUAGGAAGCUUCUUUUUUUGGAAGUGUCUACACGGUGAAUGCUCCACACAGGAGAUGUGCGAGACCCUGGAGACAGCCGGACUGAGCCCGCAGCUAUUACUGUCUCUACUUCUCAAGGUCUGGCUCUGGAAGGAGAGGGAGAUCCUGGAGAACAUGCAGUCUCUGUGCUGUCUCCAUAACAUGCUGUCCCGACUAAGCAACAUGAAAGUGGCCAUAGAUGACGCUUGGGAUUUACAGUCUGUCUCCCCCUGGUGGCAGCAAAUGCGAACUGCAUGUGUACAGUCAACUAGCAACGGAGCUGCUUUAUUGUCUGCCCAUGUUGGGCAUUCGGUGGCUGCCAACAUCACAAAUGCCCUGGCAGAGAGGAAGGAGGAGGAUGGCGAGUCCAUGACAGACUCCUGGGAAGCGCUCUCCUUAGACACAGAGUACUGGAAGCUCCUAUUGAAGCAGCUGGAAGACUGUCUUAUCCUCCAGACACUUCUGCAAUGCAAGAGGUUGAAGACGACGUCGAAAAUAUCCUCCCUGCAGGUGGAGCCGCUCGGGAAGCUCUCUGUGAAGAAGCUUCUAGAAGGCGGAAAAGGGGGCGUAGCGGACACGGUGGCCAAGUGGGUGUUUAAACAAGAUAUUUGCCCUGGAUUGUUAAAGCUCGCCCAGAAGAAAAGGGACCCGGAGGAACCCAGUGCACGGGAUACGGAGAAGACUAGCAUGGCUGUGGCCAUACUGGAGACACAGCAAUCAGAAGAUGCCAGGGAGGAAUAUCAAGUUGUUGAGCUGCUUUAUUCGGUGUACCAGCAUUUCCCGUGUAGCCUGGAUCUGGACGUGCUGCUUGCUCACUGCUGCUGGGAGUAUAUGGUUCAGUGGAACAAAGACCCAGAGGAAGCUCAUUUUCUUGUCCGGUCCGUGGAUCAUCUAAAGCACAUUGGUAAUGCUCACGUACAGUUUGGGCUGUCCCUGAUGAUGUGGAACACAUUUAUUAUUAAACGCUUCUCGGCUGCCGCAUAUCUCAUGGAUAAGGUUGGGAAAGCUCCAAAGGACCGGUUGUGCAGACGGGAUGUGGGUAUGAGCGAUACAUCGAUGACCAUCUUCCUGGGAAGUUGUUAUGAUCUCUUACAGACAAUGAUGGAGGCUGAUGUCACCAGUGAUGAGAUGUCUCCCCCGCUGCUGGAGGUAGAAGACGCCUGGAUGUCGGCGGACGGUCCCAGCUCUAUUGUGGAGCUGGCUUUGGAGCAGAAGCAUAUUCACUACCCCCUGGUUGAACACCAGUUUGUACUGUGCGCCAUCAUGUACGCCACCAUGCACCUCUCCCUCAAGUCUGUUAAACCUCUCGCUCUCUUUGACUCUAAGGGAAAGAGUGCCUUCUUCAAAGAUCUUACGUCAAUUCAGCUGCUACCCAGUGGAGACAUGGAUCCCAGUAUAGUAAGCCUACGACAACAGUUUUUGAUGAAGGUUAUUAGUGCCGCCGUCCAGGCUCAGUUCCAGUCCCAGAUUACUGUAAAGACAGAGGAAGCCAAACCAGAAGUGGAGCAGGAGCCAAUGGACUGGCCGAAACUAGCUGUGGAGCUUGCCCCACAACUUCAAGUAAAUGAAGACACAUUGCAGCGGCAUUAUGUGUGUGAGCUGUACAACUACGGUUUUGACCAUAUAGCAGAAGAGGCCAUCCUUCAAGUUGUGGACAAAGAAGUUUUAGCUUCUCAACUUCUGGUUCUUACCGGGCAGCGGCUGGCACACGCUUUACUACACACUCAGACAAAAGAGGGGAUGGAACUGCUGGCAAGACUGCCACCUACACUCUGCACGUGGAUCAAAGCGAUGGAUCCCCAGGAUCUCCAGAACACAGACGUGCCCAUCCCGACCACAGCAAAACUGGUAGACAAAGUGGUGGAACUGAUGCCAGAAAAUCACGGGCAGUACAGCCUAGCCUUGAACCUCAUAGAAGCGGUGGAUGCCAUGUCUGCCUUGUAACUUCCCCCUUGCAGGAGGGUGACGCCAUUCAGGGCUUUUGUACAGUAUCUAGGUCUAUGCCAGCCACUAUGUCAAUGUGUAAUUAAUGAAAUCUGUUAAUAUUCUGCCCCACCUGAUCACAUGCAAAUAUGUGUGACCUAAAAGCUGAACUGUUACACCCCCCCCCCCCCCCCCCCGAUUAUUUAUACAGCAGGAAGGAAGCCGGAUGCCAGCAGAUACUGAAGACAUUAUCCAGCCGUGCUACCCACAAUCAAAGUGCUCUUAAUAGCAGCCAUAGACAUUGUAGAGAGCUGCGGGGCCCCCUUCUGUAGUGCAGCUUCUGAUUAGGGCUUCCAGGAUUGCUUGAAUGGAAACACUAGUCUUUUAAAACAUCAAUUUGCUUUGCUCACGAUAAAAAGUAGUAAAUAAACAGACGCUAUUUUAACGGGA